AGAGCGAGCGGGGGCGCCUGCGCGGCCGCCCGGCCCGGCCGUGGGGCAGAUCAGGCGACUGAAGCUCCAAGAGUUGGAGUCAGACCCAGGCUGUCAAUUGGCUGACCUUGCGCUUAACUUCCCUGCUGGGCUCUCCCCAGGCCCCUGGGACCAUGGGCUUCGGGCCCUGAGGACUUGGGGCUCCCUGUGGCCAUGACGACCGGUGAUUGCUGCCACCUCCCAGGGUCCUUGUGUGACUGCUCCAGCAGCCCCGCCUUCUCCAAGGUUGUGGAGGCCACUGGCCUUGGGCCACCCCAGUAUGUGGCGCAGGUGACUUCUAGGGACGGCCGGCUUCUCUCGACCGUCAUCCGGGCCUUGGACACGCCAAGUGACGGCCCCUUCUGCCGCAUCUGCCAUGAGGGAGCCAAUGGGGAGAGCUUGCUGUCCCCGUGCGACUGCACCGGCACGCUGGGCGCCGUGCACAAAAGCUGUCUGGAGAGGUGGCUGUCCUCGUCCAACACCAGUUACUGCGAGCUGUGCCACACGGAGUUUGCGGUAGAGAAGCGGCCCCGGCCCCUCACAGAGUGGCUGAAGGAUCCAGGGCCUCGGACAGAGAAGCGAACUCUGUGCUGCGACAUGGUGUGCUUCCUGUUCAUCACGCCGCUGGCGGCCAUCUCUGGCUGGCUGUGCCUGCGCGGGGCCCAGGACCACCUCCGGGUCCACAGCAGGCUCGAGGCUGUGGGGCUGAUCGCCCUCACCAUCGCCCUGUUCACCAUCUAUGUCCUCUGGACGCUGGUCUCCUUCCGCUACCAUUGCCAGCUGUACUCCGAGUGGAGAAGGACCAACCAGAAAGUGCGCCUGAAGAUCUGGGACACAGACGGCACUGAGGGCACUCUGCACUCCCCACUGGCAGCUGGACUCCUGAAGAAGGUGGCUGAGGAGACACCUGUGUGAAGGCGGGGCUGGCAGGGCCAGAGGCAGCCAGCAAUGCCCUGGCGCUUGGAAGGACGGAAACUGCCUGACCCUUCCUGCACGGCCAGAUGCUUCUUAGGCCAAGAGAUGCCGAGCGGAGCCUAUUCUGCGAUCCUGUGUGAAUCUACAUUCAGGCUGUUUUGCACACUCUUGUACCCGAGGAGGACAGAUAGAUGUGGUCCUGAGCUUUGGAUGGAGCAGGCACCUUGAUCUCUUUCUGAGGUCUACUCGGCCCCUUUGGGCCAGCAGCCGUGACCAGAGGCGAGUUGAGGGCACCCAUAGGCUGGGAGGUUCCGCAAGCUUCUUGCAAUUCUCUGCACCUGGCAGGCUUGCUUUCUUGGCACCCUCAACUUUAUCAAGUUGUACUGCGUUUCAAAAAUCUACCCCCGAAUGAAUAAAAGGAGCCCUUGCUGGACAAAAUGGACUUGUCAAUUACAUUUCUGAACUGAGGUCUCAAAGUGAGGAACCUGGGAACUGUGGGGAGACAGGGGCUGCCCAGAGACUGGUUUUGUGGGGGUCUGCUAUGACACUGAAAGGAGUUUUCAAGUGAAGGGCAGGUAGCAGGGUUAUAUAAGAAAUGAUUACAAAGUACAUAUACGUAAGAACAG